UCAAACCGGAGACGAGCGAGGGGCAGAAUAGCAUGUAAGAAGGAGCCGGAGACGGUAUAACAAAGAGCAGGGUGACAGCAGAGGGGCAGCAGCUGGGGCCCUGCGCGUCCGGGGACCUCCACCGGGACCAGCGGAGACAUGAAGUGUGAGAACUGCACCAAGGCGGAAUGUAGCAAGAAAAAGAAGCAGGAUGCAGCUGAUGCGGAGCUUUCCGUGGCGCAGGCUGUGGAGGACGGAGAUGAGAAAAGCGAAUUUCACCGCCUGGCCGAUGCCCGUAUCUUCCUGAGUGAUUGCCUGGCCUGUGGAAACUGUGUGACCUCAGAAGAAGGCGCCAAGAUCUUCGCGCAGAACCAGAAGGCGUUUUUCAAGGUUUUGAGUCUCAAUAAGAAAUGUGACGCUUCCCUCCAUAGACUGGUGGUGGCGUCAGUCAGUCCCCAGUCCGUGCCUUAUUUUGCCGCCAAGUUCCAGCUUUCCGUCUGUGAGGCGGCUAAGAAAAUCUGUGGCUUCCUCAAGAGUCUAGGCGUCCAUCAUGUGUUUGAUACAACGAUCGCUGCCGAUUUCAGCAUCCUGGAGACCCAGAGAGACUUCAUCCAAAGGUUUAGGCGGCAGACGCAGGAUGAGCACGCCUUCCCCAUGUUUGCCUCCGCUUGUCCUGGAUGGGUGCAGUAUGCUGAACGUGUUCUGGGUGACUUGGUUACACCACACAUCUGCACUGCAAAAUCGCCGCAGCAGAUCAUGGGGUCACUGAUGAAGAGCUACUUUGCGUCACAGAAGAAUCUGGCCCCAGAUAAGAUCUUCCACCUCGCUGUGGCGCCGUGUUAUGACCGGAAGAUGGAGGCUCUCAGGGAAGACUAUUACACCGACCUUUUCAACUGCCGUGACGUCGACUGCGUGCUGACUUCAGGUGAGGUGAUGCAGAUUAUGGAGCAGAGGAACGUUUCAGUCAAAGAAAUAGAAGAAUCCCCCCUGGAGAAUGUCUUUGGGGGAACCACAUGUCAGUUUGUCCGCCAUGAAAGCACCAGCUCGGAUGGUUACCUCGCAUACGUCUUCCGCCAUGCUGCCAAGGAGCUGUUUGGCAUGGAGGUGCAAGAAAUCACAUAUAAGACAUUAAAGAACAAAGACUUCCAAGAAGUGUGCUUAGAAAAAGAUGGGGAGACUGUCCUGAGAUUUGCCGCCGCCUAUGGGUUUCGGAACAUUCAGAACAUGGUACUGAAAUUGCGCAAGGGGAAAUUUCACUAUCAUUUCGUGGAAGUCUUGGCUUGUCCAGGAGGUUGCUUGAAUGGGAAAGGCCAGGCCCAGUCGGCGGACGGCAAACCGGAGCGGGCGCAGCUCCAAGAGAUGGAGGCCUUAUUCACAAAUGUGCCAGUUCAGAGCCCAGAAAAUAACCCCCACAUCCAAGAGUUAUACACCAGCUGGCUGGAGGGAGAGGAGUCCCAGAAAUCCAGAGAGACUCUACAUACCAAAUACGUGCCCUCCACUCACAGCACUGCCCGCGUGGACAUGAAAUGGUGACAGAUCCCUCCGCUGCCAGCGGGCACGUUAAGGACUUGAACUGCAGUAUAAGACAGGCAUCUUUGUCGUCAGAGGUCCGGGAGACAAAAUGGCCGACUUUUAUGCAGCCCCCCCACCGUCCUUUAAAGUCAUCUUAAAUUAAAUGCUGCCAACGGCAGGGGUGGCACGUCUGUGUUACAUAUGAAUUCCAUGUGGGAAAGUUGUGUGUUCUCUUAUGUCUGUGUCAUGUAAUAUCACGUGGUCCUUUCUCAAUCAUCCUCUCAACCCUUGAUUUGCUGCUAGAUCCCCCCGAACUGCUGUGUGCAUGCCUGUUAACCCCCUCCGUGCCGGCGUGCAGUUUUGCCUCUUAUUUAUACAGAUCCUGCAUACGUGUUGUCGUCAGUGUUGCGUAAUCUGUCGCAUUUCGCGGGCUGUUGGAAACGGACGAAGGCCAGAAAAUAAUGCAGCCACAGAACGGGAGGAGUAGUCUGCAGAUAUUUUGGCUGGCCAAUAUUGACAUGACCGCUCCUUUUGGUAUGGAGUAGUUUAAUAUUAAAAAAAUAUAUAUAUUAAUCUAAAUUUAUUUUGAUCCCCUUCAGUCUAAUAUUUGGCACUAAAAUAUCAGCGCCUGUAGCUGGGGUGUAAGCCAUCGCUCAUCUCAAGAUUUUCUCUUUUUAAUAAAAAUAAAUAAAUUUAAAAAUGACCAUAAUCCCAUACACUUUAGAUCACGCUCUCUCAUACAUGUGUUCUGAAUAGGGGGAGGGAGCAAGCUGCUGCUAGACCCGUCUGGUGGUGGCUCAUCUCCCCUGAAAAACAAAGGAUCAGGCAUGUUGAAAUCCAGCAACCCGAUCUUUCUCUCUCCUGCCCUCAGAGGAAAGUCAUGAUGCCCUCUACAGUCAUUAGAUGGGCAGCCAGUGCCAACAUUAGUGGCUUCUAUGGGAAUCUACAUUUCUAAUGUUCCGACAGAAAAAUCCAUUGUGGAAUCCAAAACCGAAAUCCAAGGUCGACCCUCUGAUUUCUUGCGCAGAUUUAUAUUUGUACUUGUGGAUCCCCACGUCUCAUUAAAUUUUACAAAAAAAAAAUUCCACACACAUUGCCACCUGUGUUUUUUCAAACAGGAAAAAAAUAAAUAAAAAAAUCAAUGGAUGUCUAUGGGAGAAAAAUGACGGAAAUUGGGCAAAAGACACCAUACCCCCAGCAUGGACCCAAAAAACAUCUCGUAUAUUAGAA